AUGAUACUUAAAUAUUUAUUAUUAUUAAGUAGCGUAGGGCUAACAGUUAAUGCCUACAAAGGUUAUGAAAACUACAAAGUGUAUGAUGUAAUUCCGAAAACAGAUGUUCAAGUACAGAUUUUACAUGAUUUAAAAAAACAAGGUUAUGAUUAUUGGACUGAUGUCUUUACUGUUAACAGUCAUGUAAGGGUUAUGGUAUCGCCGUUGAAAGAUGAAGAAUUCGUUCAAUACUGCAGAAAUGUUGGACUGAAUCCGGUUAUUAGUAUAAAUAAUGUGCAAAAAUUAAUUGAUGAUCAAUUAAGACCUUCUAAUAUGAAUGUAGAACGUAGCACUACUCUCGGUUCAUUCAGUUGGACUAGAUACCAUUCUCUAGCAGAAAUUCACACUUGGCUUGAUGAACUAGCAGAAAUGUAUCCUAAUGUUGUAACAACAGUCAAAAUUGGAGAAUCGAACGAAGGACGCCUUAUUAAAGGAGUUGUAAUAGACUUUAAAGCAGGAGAAAGAGGUGAAUCACCGCUUGUUGCCAUGAUAGAAGGUGGUAUACAUUCUCGUGAGUGGAUUUCUCCCGCAACGGUUACUUGGAUUAUCAAAGAAUUUUUGACUAGUGAUAACAGUGAAGUGCAAAAUUUGGCAAGAGCUUUUGUUUGGCAUAUAUUUCCCGUUGUAAAUCCUGACGGUUACGUCUACACUUUUACGAAUGACCGAAUGUGGCGGAAAAAUCGAAAUAUAGCUAAUUUUGUGAACUGUUCAUCCGGCUCCGAUGAUUUAAGCAACGGCAUUGAUUUAAACCGAAAUUUUGAUAUCGUUUGGAUGACGACUGGUGCCUCUUCGAAUCCGUGCACGCAAACUUAUGCCGGACCGACCCCAGCAUCUGAACCUGAAACACGGGCAAUUUCAAACUAUGUGUUAAGUCUCAAAGAGACAUGCAAUUUGCUUUACUAUUUCGCAUUCCAUUCCUAUUCUCAGAUGAUUCUCAUUCCAUAUAGUCACGUGUCAGGGUCUGAUGUGCUUCUAGUGGAAAACUACGCAGAUAUGUAUGAGAUUGCAAUCCGAGGCGCUGAUAAAUUGAUGCAAAGACACGGAACAUCUUACACCGUAGGAACUUCAGCGGACAUUUUGUACGAAGUGAGCGGCUCAAGUUUUGAUUGGGUCAAAGGUGUCGCGAAUGUACCUAUAGUAUAUUUGUUUGAACUUCGUGAUGUUGGUGAAUACGGAUUUCUUCUACCCACUGAACAAAUCAUCCCUAACAAUGAGGAAAUCAUGGACUGCUUACUGGAAAUUGACAGAACGACGAGGCAACUGGGGUAUUAUUCCGGAGCGGUUCCUAUGGCCGGUUCUUUAACAACUUUGUUAGUUAGCAUAGCAUUUAUUUUUAUGAAAUAA